CAAGAACCUGGAUUUCUGACACUGUUGAGCACCUAACUGUUCUGGACUUAAGAGAAAAAGAAAUAUAAACCACAUCUUUUGUUUGUUUUGUUCUGCUAUAGCAGCAAAGUGUAUCACAGCCAGGAGAUUUUAUUAUGCAACCACCGCAGGGCCCACUGUUUGUCAGAGUACUGCUUGAAAUCCCCCCAUUCCUGUUCCAAUUUCUUAAACCAUAAAAUAUUAGGUUGACAUAAUACGUGGUGUGAUUUAAUGUUUUCUUCUAACUACUUAAUCUCCUUUUAGCUAUUCUUUGCCGGAUAUUUGGCUAUGGUUAAUACUAAGCUUGUUGACUGAAGAUGAUUAAUAUUUCAAAAUAAAGUUUUAUAGUGAUAUUUUUAAAAAAUGAAGUUUUGUCCCCACAGUAUAACUCAGACAUUUGUUUGAUGUGGAAAGAAGUUAUGCCAAGAAAUUUUAGAGAAAAGACAGUCUGUAACUGUGAUUAAGGAUGGCAUCCUUACGCCUUUUCAUUUUUGUCAUAGAUUAAAAAAAAGUGUCUGUAUGUGUGGUUUCUUCUGACACCAACCAAUUCUUCAGUACCAGCUGGGUGUCCUACAAUUCAGUUUCUUCUGACAUUCCCUUCCCAGAAUUAGCACAGACCCUAUGGAUUGAGGAGUCAUUCCCACAAGACUGCACCCACUUCAGAUGCCAGAUACCAACAGGUGCCCAAUUCGCCAUAAGUCUCUUAGGCCACUCCACAUAAAAUGUCUGAUGUCAGCACAAUGGUGGAGUGGAAAGCUCCAGACCUUGUUCCCCCACAGGCUCUGAGUGACAACAAUAUACAGUCCAAAAGGAUGUAUGAGAAUUACAGAAACCAGUUUAGAAGUCACAGUAUCCCAGGCAAGCUCAAAGCCAAGAACAGCUGCAUUGAAGUAGGAAAAAAAAAAAAGCCAUUUAAUUUCACUUUCCUUUCCCUGAAGGUGGCACAGCUUGGCAUGAUUGGUAGUAAACACCCAACUCUCCACCAGCUGGAAAGUGAAGAAUGGAAGUCUACCAUUCUGAAUUUUGGGGGGUCACCUGAUGGACUGGUUUCUGUCUCACCUGACUCAGUGCUGACCGGGAACUGGCAUACUUUGGAUGCCUAGGGGCUUCAGAGAAAAAAGAGUUAACUGGCUUUUUGCAGCAUCAGAGACUCAGCAGUGCUGCAGAUGGAGGUCACGACAGCUCAGCACAGUCAGGAGAGAGCAUGUGGUUCUUGGCUUAUCCCUUGGGCAGGAAUGGGAAGAGUGGAAAGUGCAUUUAACAUUCUGGCUUUUCAGGGGGCUGCCCAAGAGACUGGUUCCUGUUUUGCCUGACUCAGAGUGCUGAUAGAACCAAGCAUAUGUUGGAUGUCUGGGGGCUGCUGAGAACAAGCGAGAGCUCCACAGCCUGUUGCCCUGCCAGACAACUUGCAGUGCCACAGACAAGCACCAGAGGGAUCGAGAGAUUACAAGCAACUGAAAAGAAACUGGCACACCUCUCUAACUGGGACACUACAUGUACAAGCCCAGAGAAGAUUCAUCUCCAGAAAACGUUUGAGAGGCCCCAGAAUCUCUAGCUGAGCUGAUUGGUGAAGGUCUUCUCCUGUACCCAGCCAGUCCAUAAAGACUGGGAGAGGUGGCUGUUUUUUCAGAUGCCCCAAAUCCCAGCAAAAAAUAAUGAGACAUAUGAAGAAACAGAGAAACAUGACCCAAUUAAUGGAACAAAAUAAAUCUCCAGAAUUUGACCCUAGAGAAAUAGAGAUAAAUUAAUUAUCUGACAAAGAAUUCAAAAUGAUCAUCUUAAAGAAGCUCAGUAUGCUGAGAGAACAGAGAUAACCAAAUGAAAUCAGAAAAAAAUGCAAUAACAAGAAUAUCAACAACAAGACAGAAUUGUAAAAAAGGAACCAAACAAAUUCUGGAUUUGAGAAGUAACUGCAUUGAAAAAUUAACUAGAGGGAUUAAAAAGCAGACCCAGUCAUGCAGAAGAAAGAAUUGGCAAACUCAACAGCUCAUUUAAAUUGAUCACAUCAGAAAAAUGAAAAGUAAAGCCUAAGGGAUUUAUGGCACACCACUGAGUGGACCAGCAUGCAUUAUAGAAUUCCCAAAAGGAGAAAAGGGAGUAGAGAGCUUAUUUGGAUAAAGAGUGGUGCAAAACAUCCCAAAUAUGAGGAAGAAAAUGGACAUCCAGAUUUAAGAAUCUCGAAGGACUCCAUGUAGAUGAAACCAAAGAAAGGGUAAAGAAGCCAACACUGUGAAAGAUUUUAAUCAAAUUGCCAAAAGUCAGUGGUAGAGAAUUUUGAAAGAAGAAAGAGAAAAGCGACUUGUCGUAUAACAAGGGAGCUCCCAUAAGAUUAUCAGCAGAUUUGUCAGCAGAAACAUUACAGUACAAAAGGGAGUGGGCUGAUACAGUUCAAGUGCUGUUAAAAAUAAAAAUACACCCAGCCAGCCAAGCAUACUAUAGCUGGCAAAACCAUCUUUCAAAAAUGAAGAAGAAAUAAAGACCUUCCCAGGUAAACAAAAGCCAAAGAAGUUCAUCACCACUAGAUCUACCUUAUAAGAAAUGCUAAAGAGAUUAUUUGAAGUUGAAGUGAAAGGAUGCUAAACAGCAAUAUAAAAAGCAUAUGAAAAAGCUCUCUGGUAAAGGGAAAUAUGUGGACAAAAACAGAAUCGUACAAUACUGUAAUGGUGGUUCAGGGAGCAAGUUUCCGAGGUUGGAAAGAAGUGACUUCACUGUUUAAUAAAGAUGAUGAGCAGCAUCUCCUGGAAAGAUGUAAAUCUCCCAAGUCCAAAGGAACUAACUUACGAUUAAAAGAAGAGUUGAAGGCAGAGAAGAAAUCUGGAUUUUGGGACAAUUUGGUUUUAAAACAGAAUAUACAGUCUAAAAAACCAGAUGAAAUUGAAGGUUGGGAGCCUCCAAAACUUGCUCUUGAAGACAUAUCGGCUGACCCUGAGGACACCGUGGGUGGCCACCCAUCCUGGUCAGGCUGGGAGGAUGACACCAAGGGCUCCACCAAGUACACCAGCCUGGCCAGCUCUGCAAACAGCUCCAGGUGGAGCCUGCGCUCGGCAGGGAGGCUGGUGAGCAUCCGACGGCAGAGUAAAGGCCACCUGACGGACAGCCCGGAGGAGGCGGAGUGAGGGGGGCUGCAUGGCGAGUGUGCCCCGACAUGGUGGCCUUUUAUCAGUAUACCAUGUAGUUGUUGAGUCUUUUCUGUGUUACAAAGAAUAGAGAGUCUACUUUUUGCCUAUAUUUCAUAUUUGGACCUCUGUUUCAUUAUUUAAUGAACUCUCUCUCACACACACUGUGACUCCUUAGUGAACACGUGCAGGGAUUGUACAUUUGAUUGCCUUAUUGCAGAAAUAUUCACCUGUCCAUGUUUUGCAGAAACUGGAGAUGUGAAUUUUUGAUGCUCUCCCAUAAUACAGCAGUAAUGAUUUGCAGUUUGUCACAAAAUGAUUUUCAUGCUGCUCUCCGUUGCAGUUCUGUUUCAGAACUUCCAUACCUUUUUCUUGUAUGUAGUACAUACAAAUGCAGCUGUCAUGCAGUUCUUUUCUUUUGCUAGAAAAUUACAGUCAGGAGGUAAGAUGAAUCUUCCAAAGUUAUGUUAAAUUUUGUUUAACUUGACAAAUUAAACUUUGUUCUUCUUAAAUAUGUAAACAAAUACUGGAAAAGCAAAGGUUAUAUUUGGGAGUAAAAUGUAUCUUAAAAUGCAUAUUCAUCUUUUGCUGAGGGAGGAAUAGCCUCUUGUGUGUGCACUGGAUAGUAACAGUGGUUCUUUUUUGGAAUUUUAUUUUUACCUCUUUUGAACUUCUAAAUCGGUCCCUUUAUUUUCUUAAAAAUUUGCUCUCUUUUUUGUUUACAGAUUAAAGAAGUAUGGAUAAAUUUUAGUCACUUGAUAAUUUUGUUUAGGAAACAUUGUCUUGCUCAUUAUAGAGAGUUAAGACUGUGCAUAAAAUACUGAAGUGCCUUUUUAUUAGGCUCAUAUGUUUGUUCUUGCAAAGCGAGAUGCCUAUUGUGAUUGGUGUUAGAUCUGUAAGAAGCUGUGUUUUUUCCACAAGAAUAACUGACGACCAGUUUGAGAGCAUCUCUCACGUUCUUUUUCUGUCUGCUUACUGUCCUUGACAAUGUGAUCUUGCACAGUAUCAGGUGCCAGUUAUGUGUCCCUGGCAGGUUGGCUCUUAUCAGCAAGUCCUGCAGAUAUCUAUCUUAGAUAAAAGUGGUUUGAAAGAAAAGGUGUGUUUUUCUUUUUUGUUUAAAAGUAAAAUAAAACCUCCAGUUACACUGUGCAUUCCCCUCACAUAAAAACAAGACAAAAACCCUCUCCCGAGUUGCUCGGCAUGCACUUCUGUGCUGUUUCAUGCGUGUGGAUGUUCCUUCUGUUUGUUCCUGUGGAAUAACUGAGUGUGCCUGAUGGCGGAACACACUGCAGUGUUAUCAGCGUCUGCCUGUUUUUAAUAGAACAGGUUUACUUGAUCUGUCAUCUAUUAUGGAAAAAACAGCAUUUACUUUUGUACCAAUCUAAUACAUCCAUCCGUCUAGCUAUAUCGAUAAUCUGUAUCAAUCACUUAUACCUAUCAAUCGUCUGUAUCUAUUCAGCUAUCCUCUGUGUCUUCUCUCAGUCUACAUCCAUCUAGCCUUCUGUCAAUCAUCUUUUUUUUUUUUAAUAGAACAAGAAGUUUACUUAUCCAGUCUUGAAAGGGGGACAUGCUUCAAGUGGUGUUCAAAUAAAAAUUCCAGUUUGUAUUAGAACCUUGAAAUGGUGAAGUUGUGGAGGUUUUCUUUGUUCCAUAAUACAGAGACAAGUUAAUAAUUUUUAGUGUAACAGCUAAGUUGACAAAUUCUAAAUUUCCUCAGGUCAAUAGUUGUAACUGUCCUUUUCCCUAGAGAAGUGCUUGCUGGGAUAGUAAAAACAUAGAGCAUUUCAUGACUUCUGCAAAUACUUUCCAGCGGAAGUCAGUGUAGGCUUGUUUUUGGCUAACAUGGUCUUGCUGCGCAGGAAUGUAAACUGUGUUUGAAACUCUGGAAAUCACGUGUGUGGGGAGAUGGGGACACUGCCCUCGUUGUGGGGAGCUCUGUGGCUGUGAUGGCUGCGGUUCCUGUGCCUCUGUUGGAACGCUAAGUGCCUGCAACUCACGUCAGUCAUAGAAUUGUGACACACCGUUGGCAAAAUAGUUCUUUAUGCUAUUUCUCAAAAUUUGAGGACAAACCCAGAUGGGGAUUGGAAUAUGCACUGUAAAUCAGAUUUUUCUUAUCUACAAAGAGUAAUGUAAAAAUGAUUUUUUCUUCUGUGCCUGAUUAAAUUAACUGGUUUUUAAUAUAAAUAUUUAUUGGUGUGCUUUGGGAGAAAAAUUAUCUUUUCUUGAAAGAACUUAUCAAAGCAAAUUUAUUAUCUUCACAAUGAGAGAAUGUGGUUUUGAUUCUGGGUGUUUGAAUUGUGUAAACACACAGCUUCCCUGUGUGAAGAGAGUUGUCCUGUGCUCCUUCUACUGUACUUUUUAAAUUUUUUAAUAGGAAAGUGAUGGGCUUCAGAGAAGGGUUUGUCCUUAAUGUUGGGGUUUUUUAAAAAUAAAAAUAUUGUUUCUAAGCUCUUUCUUCAUUGGUUUGCAUGAUUAUUGGCAUCUGCUUACGAUGACUUUAAUCACUCAGAGCUAAUGGCACCUUUCCUAUUUAGCCUCAUUUUAGAAUGCAGUCAACACGUGUAGACUUUUCAUGAAUAAAUGAACAACUUCAACCUUG